AUGUACUAUUUAUUUGUCCUCCAAUAUCUCCAAACAACUUUUCGUCCAAUUUAUUUAAUUCUUCUGCUAAUUCUGCCAAAGUUAAUUUUAGGGAUUGUUUGGGUUGUUUGUCUUUCUUUUUUUGUUUUUCCUGGGUCUUCUUUUUCUUUGUCUUCUUUGGUGGUACUGGAUUUGGGGUGGAGGUUACUGUUGUUGUGUCUGUAUUAUCUGAAUUGAAUUUCUUGUUAUCUUGAAAAAUGUAAUGCCUUUUUAUCUUAAUUUUAAAAUAAGAGACCCACUAGUCUUAUUCUGCAAAAUAUAAGUAAAUUUCAGGGAAUUCUCAAAAAAUUCCCAAAAUUCGGAAAUUGCCAAGGAAAAUUUUCUCAUUUCCAGUUUUCCAGAAUUGAGAAAAACCCUAACAACGUCGGGAUUUUUCGAUUUUAGGAUCUCUAAGCCAUAUUUAUUCAAGUAGCAUACCGUAUUUUCUCGAUUAAUUCCCCUGGAGAAUUAGUAAAGGGAAUUAUUCGAGUUUUGGCAUUUGAACGUGCAGUAGAUUAUUUGAGGGCAGGGAAUUAUUGUUUCAAUCUAACUCUAGCAUGGUGAAUUAAUCGAAGGUGGAAUUAUUCGAGGGAGGGGAACUAAUCGAGAAAAUAUGUUAUAGAGCUUAUCUAAGCUUUUGUAACAUCUACCAUUUAUUUCUUUAUCAUUAACAGUAGUAGGGUGUUCCUCAUCAAUCACAGUACUUGCUGUCUCUUCAAUUUUCUUUUCACCAGUUUCUUCGAUAUUGCCUGAAAUUAUCUUCUUGGCAAAAUCUUCUUCAUGUUUCAGUUCUUCCAAUUCUGUUUGGAUUAUUCCAAUAUUUUCUCUUGUUUUGUUGUUGUCCUCAGUGUUGCUGUUUUGGUCAACAGUUGUUUGGCUGUUCGUAUCGCUUUGUUUAUUGUCUUCUUAAUAUAAAGGAUUAAAUUUCUUCCUUUGUACUUAGUAUUCUAUGUUUUUACCCCUCUCCAACGGAUUUGGGGAAUAUUAGAAUCUCCUGAUUAUGCUCUAGAUCCGAAGAGACCGGAGGGGUGUAAGGGUGGUAAGACAAGUUUGGAUGGGUGUAAAAUCAUGCUCGAUACCCGGGAUUUUUUUCGAGAUAACGUCCAAUUCUGAUCCCUAUUUUCCAGAUUUUUCCU